AUGGAAAGCUCCAACACUCAUAAUAAACGGGAGCUCCCUUCCUUCACUCCCGCGCCUUCUUCAAGGUUCCAAGCUCCUCCCCUCUGCCAUACUUACCUUAAGGUAGUGUCCUCCUCCCCGCGACUUUCUUCCUCCCCUCCCUUCCCAUCUACCAACUUCUCACAUACAACAAACCAAGUCCAACCGACCCCGAAUUACGAGACGUACUUCCCGAUCCAGACUUACAACCAGACGAUCAGGAGUCAAUCACCACCCUCCCGCUCGUCCCACGUCAUCUACCCCACCAUAGCUCCUCUCAUCGUUGCUUUUGCCCAAACUUGGGCGCCUCGAAUUCUGCCAGCCCUCUGCCAGAUUUGA